CAGCAAACGGCGAUAGCUGGCUGCUUUUGCAUUUUGUUUGCUGCGUCCUGUUUAUUUAUCGAGUGAAUUUGUUCUGGUGCCUCUACCAGUCAGUGGACUGACAAAAGACAGCGGCAGGUUCUUUUUGUUUUUCCUUUCACAGCUUGAAACGCACCAGUUCAGCCGGUGCUAGUUAAUCCAAGCUGCUCCUACAUGUGCUGCUGUGACAGGUUGUACAUUUAGUGCGUUUUCUUGCUCACGGCGGUAUGAGUUAUGGCCACGGCGGCGGAGGGGGAAGGAGAAGCAGACAUGGAGGUAGAGGGUUCAGGGAUGGGAGCAGAGAGAGAUUGGACCGAGGAGGAGGAGGCGGUGGCGGCGGUGGGAGAGGUUUCAGAGGACACGGUUCCGACUUCGACCAGGACCGAGGAGCCGGAGGAGGUCAGAAGGACCGUCCUCCUCCGCACCUGAAGGGCCGGGAGAUUGGUUUGUGGUACGCGCGGUAUGGAGCAGUGAGGAGGAAACAAGCGGACCGCAGAUCGCGGGCCAUGGUCCACAUGGACGAAGCCAGAGAGGAACACAUCACCAAACUCCUCAACUCGGUCCAGAGUGACCCAAGAGACAGCAGGGGCGCACAGUCCUCAGUGUCUGACGCCUGGCGGACAGCAGCCGGCAGCGACGGCGGCGGCCACUGCUACUUUGAUGGGGACAUGCCUGAGGAAGAGAAGCAGAAACUGGAGGAAGAGGAGGACGGUUCUUCGAAACAGAAGAAAACAAGCCGCACAUCUCAACGUGACUCCUCUGCAGCAGCUAAAGAUGAACCUCCAGACAACUGGGACGAAGAUGAUGAGGAUGACGUGGAGAAGGAAAAACCACAGAGCAAAGACAAGGAUCUGGAGUUCUUAUUUCAGGAAGUAGUCAGAGACGCAUCAGUGGACGAGGACUUGAAAAGAGAUUUGCAAAGCAAAAAAAUGGAUAGAAAUUACAAAGAAAUGUUGAAAUUCAGGGAAAAACUACCAUCAUACGGAAAGAAAGAGGAUCUGGUGCAGCUCAUCAACUCUAACCGCGUCUUGGUGGUUAGCGGGGAGACGGGGUGCGGAAAGACCACUCAGGUCACCCAGUUCAUCCUGGACGACCACAUCAGCAGAGGCCGGGGCUCGACGUGCCGCGUGGUCUGCACGCAGCCCCGCCGCAUCAGCGCCAUCUCCGUAGCAGAGCGUGUAGCUGCAGAGAGAGCAGAAAGUGUAGGAAAUGGAAAUUCCUGUGGUUACCAAAUACGCCUGCAGAGCCGGUUACCACGGAGACAAGGUUCAAUACUGUACUGUACAACAGGAAUUAUUCUUCAGUGGCUCCGCUCUGAUCCGCUGUUAUCCAGUGUAAGUCACCUUGUGCUGGAUGAGAUCCACGAAAGAAACCUUCAGUCCGACGUUUUGCUCAUCAUCGUGAAGGAAUUACUCGACCUCCGAGAUGACCUCAAGGUCAUCCUGAUGAGUGCCACCCUCAACGCAGAAAAGUUCUCUAAAUAUUUUGACAAAUGUCCAAUGAUCCACAUCCCUGGCUUAGCGUUCCCAGUGGAAGAGUUCCUGCUUGAAGACGUCAUUGAGAUGACCAGAUAUCGUCCGCAGAAUCAGGAUCGUCGGCCUGCGUGGAAGAGACGCUUUUGGCAGGGCCACCAAUCCAGAUCGGAGAAGGAGGAGAAGGAGGAAGAAUAUAAGGAGAGCUGGCCAUGUUACGCACGAACGCUGCAGGGCAGAUACUCUGACGGCACAAUCGAGGCGGUGGAGAUGUUAGACACCGAUGAGAAGAUUGAUCUGGAGCUGAUCCUGGCGCUGAUCCGGCACAUUGUGCUCAACGAGGGGGAGGGAGCAAUCUUGGUUUUCCUGCCCGGCUGGGACAACAUUAGCAGUCUCAAUGACCUCCUCAUGGCGCAGCAAAUGUUCCGAUCAGAAAGGUUCGUCAUCAUCCCUCUGCACUCCCUCAUGCCCACUGUUAAUCAGACGCAGGUUUUCAAAAGACCCCCGCCAGGAGUCAGAAAGAUUGUGAUUGCAACCAAUAUCGCGGAGACCAGCAUCACCAUCGAUGAUGUCGUUUAUGUGAUAGAUGGAGGAAAGAUUAAGGAGACCAAUUUCGACACCGACAACAACAUCAGCACCAUGACGGCCGAGUGGGUUAGCUUGGCCAACGCCAAACAGAGGAAAGGACGUGCUGGCAGGGUGCAACCAGGAAAGUGCUAUCAUCUGUACAAUGGGCUGCGGGCCAGCCUGCUGGAAGCCUAUCAAUUACCUGAAAUUAUGAGGACACCGCUGGAGGAGCUCUGCUUGCAGAUAAAGAUUCUGAAGCUCGGCUCCAUUAGUCGAUUUCUGGAGAAGGCCUUGGACCCGCCGAGCGAGAAGGCAGUUAACCUCGCCAUCAAGAGCCUCACAGACCUGAACGCUCUGGAUCAGGCAGAGAAUCUGACUGCGCUGGGUUUCCACCUGGCCCGUCUCCCCGUGGAGCCGCACAUCGGCAAGCUGAUCCUGUUCGGCGCUCUGUUGGGAUGCCUCGACCCCGUUCUCACCAUCGCCGCUUCGCUCAGCUUCAAAGACCCUUUCUUCAUACCCCUGGGGAAAGAGAAGAUGGCAGACAUGAGGAGAAGGACUCUGUCCAGAAACUCAAAGAGUGACCACCUCACUAUUGUUUAUGCCUUCAAGGGAUGGGAGGAAGCCAAGCAGCGGGGGUCCAGGUAUGAGAAGGAUUACUGCUGGGACAACUUCCUGUCUGCCAACACACUCCAGAUGCUGCACAACAUGAAAGGUCAGUUUGCUGAACAUCUCAUGAGUGCUGGCUUUGUCAGCAGCAGGGAUCCCAAAGACGCUAAGUCCAAUAUCAAUUCAGAUAAUGAGAAGUUGAUCAAGGCAGUGAUUGUUGCUGGGCUGUACCCCAAGGUGGCCAUGAUCCGACCCUCCUACAGCAAAAAGAGACCUGGGGUGAAGGUGUACACCCAGACCGACGGGAAGGUGUGUAUCCAUCCCAAAUCGGUCAAUGCUGAAGAGAGGGAAUUCAGCUACACAUGGCUCAUUUACCACCUGAAGAUGAGAACCAGUAGCAUCUUCCUGUACGACUGCACCGAGGUGUCCCCGUUCUCGCUGCUGUUCUUCGGGGGAGACAUCACCAUCCAGAAAGACGAGGGCCAGGAGACCGUCGCGGUGGACCGCUGGAUCGUCUUCAGGUCCCCGGCGCGCAUCGCUCACCUCGUUAAGAGUUUGAAGAGAGAGCUGGACUCGCUGUUGCAAGACAAAAUCAGUCACCCGGCUCCUGUGGAUUGGGAGAACCGCCAGUCCAAAGACUGCGCUGUCAUCACGGCCAUCAUAGACCUCAUCACUACCCAGGAAAGGCCUGCAGGCAGCAGCAAGGACGACGACAGGACGUGGGCGUCUGCCCCCAGCGGAAGGCACACUUACUUCGACGACGAUGACGACGAUGAUUAAAAGUGUCUGGGCAUUUGGCUGGCAAUGAAGAGAGGAGGCUUUCGCGAUGACUGACUGCACCUUCAGACAUGAGUUUGUUGGAAUAUUUAUGAUAGACAGCUGGCCUCCUUGACGCUUCUGUUCGGUUCAAACUUUAGUGCUCUCUAGAUGCUGAAGGCCAAAUGGCUUAGAGUGCUGAAAAAAUGAAAAUGUCAUUCAGCGGAAUGAGUUGUGCGUCUCUUUCGCUUUUUAAGAUUAUCCAAGGACCAACCUCUCUGCAUGCAUCCGUUUUUGUUUAGUUUGUACUUUUUGUGUUUGGGAAAGUUUCACCUUUCAUCCAUAAAAUUGAUUAUGCAAUAAAGAAGCUACUUAAAAUCACUCUGUGCGGCGUCUGCCACCUUUUCAGUUAAAUGCGUAGAGAAAAGGUGUUUUCACACAUAAUAGUCUGGUACACUGGGUACGAUUAGGGAUCAAAAUGGCGACAUUUGUUCCAUUUUCAGCUGGUACCGUUCACUUUCGAACUGCACUGUCAAACGAUCCAAACCCUGUGAGAAGCUUGUUCACCCUGUGGUGGCGCUCUGCAAGCCUGUGAAGAACACAUCAGCUCAACUUCUUUUCAUGCAAACUGUAAACAAAAAUUGAGUAGUAUCAGAUUUUAAUUUGUAGGAUUUCUAUUCUGUCAUCCGUAAAAGUUAUGUCUCCUCCUAGAAACGAACCAGCACGCUUAUUUACCCAGAAUACCCUCUGCUACAGCCCGCUUCUUGCUUUUGGAGUGGUCUUGGAAUCCUGGCUUACAUUAACAGACGGUCUUCUUCACGUCUGCAUCGCUGAACAUGGGUCCUGAAAUUCUGUUGAAAGUUUACUGUUUCUGUCCACUUUCAUUUCUACAGCUUGGGCUUUUAACAUUUCUGUCCAGAAUUGGGUUCACACAACGAAUGCAAAUGCUGCAGCCCAUUUCUUCAGUACCGCUGUGUGUGCUUUCUCUUGAAGCUCAGACUCCAGUUGCAGGUCACAUCCUGUGAAUCUCUCUCAAACUCUUGCCUGAGCUUUGCUGUCCUCUUUAGGCAGCAGUUAUUCCAGUUGUGUGUGCUCCUUUUCUUACCUCAAUUUAUCCUCCACUCUUUUCUCCACUGAUAUUUGCGUAUUUGCAUUUUGAACUGCCAGGUUCCUUGGCUCACAAAUACAAAUAUAAACACCUUGGUGUUCGCACUGAACUGGACACUCAUGGAUGAGGACGUCUACAAGACGGGACAGAAAUUCGAGGACUCUUGGCUCUUUCAGUUUUUUUUCCUGCAAGAUGCCGUGCAAGUCUGUUGUGGAGGCUGUAGUCUCUCCUAGUUGACACUAGGUGGUGGAAGAGUGCCUUCCUACAGACAAAAAAGUGUCCUUCUGAAAUGUGUUUUUUUGCUUCUUUUAUUUUUCCUUGCAUGCAUAAUUAUGUAGCAUUUCUGGACCCCACCUCAUGCAAACACUUGAUUAAGAGUGAUCCGUCACACUUAAUCAACACAUUUAUUUCUUAAAUGUAUUCGCUGACAAAAUGAUGUAAAAUAGUUUUUGGUUAUUAAAGUGAUCUGACACCAUGUAUUAUCAGCAGCAGUGAGCAUGUAAAUAUGAAUAUAUAUAUAAAUGUGUGGAUUCGAGAGGAUUAUUAAUUCUGUAGACAUUAAUGUGACAUUGCUACACUUUGUUGUUGCCAAUUUGUUAGAGAGACCAACCUGUAGAGCACUGAGCAUUAUUAAACACCUGCAUCAGACAA